AUGUUGAAAACUUCAUCAAAAAUCGAGCCGUCCUAUUGUGCCAAUCCUCUUCAAAAUUCAGGUGUACUCAAUUCUAGGAAUUUAAAUGUAUAUGUAGUUGGAGAGGUUGGCCACCCUAAGGCAAAAGUUGUUCGUAUUGUACAUAUCUCAGACACAAGAGGUGCACAUGAUGCCUUCACUGAAAAUAUUCCUCGUGGACAUAUUUUAAUUCAUUCUGGAGACUUUACAUCUCAUCCCCCUUCACUGAGUCUUCGGCUUUCAACAUGGUGUAGAAGUAUAAGUGGUAAACUUCCACAAUUUAAAAAACGUCGUUCAUCAGCAAAUAAUGAAUGGCAACAGAAAAUUAAAGAAAUAGACAAGUUUUUUGCUCAGCAACCACAUGAUUUCAAGAUAUUUGUGCCCGGAUGUUGGGAAACGUGGUAUCCAGACUCAUCUGAUUCAUGGUGUCGAAUAUUUGGACUGACAAUUUACGGAGUUCCGUGGACUGCAGCUGAUGAUUUACGACCUGAAGACGGAGCAUUUGUACAGAAACAUUUUAGUCAUUAUACAAAACUAAAGUUGAAUUCUUCGAUUGAUCGUCAACGAUUAAAUGAGUCGGACAAUGGUCAACCGUCUUCCAAACCUACCAGUGAUACUGCUGCUCCAUGCCAUACAAAUGGAUUUGUUUUACCUAGUAUUGAGGACGUUUCUAAACAGUGGCUGCAUAUUCCCGAUGAUACAGACAUUGUUGUAACUCAUAUGCCUGCAUGGCGUCCGGAACUUUAUCCUCACAUUGCUGAGCGUGUGAAGCCUGUACUGCAUCUAUGUGGUCAUGACUUCGCUGGUUAUGGAGUGAUGUGGAAAAAAGGAACUCUAUUUUGCAAUGCAGCUUUACAACUCACUUCAACAUUUCCAGCCACUGGUUUACCACGUCAUCAUUCCAGAAAAUUAGCCAAACACGAUCCUGAUAAUUCCGGUAUAUUCAAUGAGUGCCCUGACUCAUUUGGAGAUUUUAAAGAACCUCCAUUGUAUAUAGCAAAACCUAAUGGUCGGCCUAGACCACCAAGAUGGCAAAGAGGUUUACCAAAGCAUUUAUCGCGUUUAUUUUCAACUAAUCAUAAUACGCUUGGCUGUUCUUUUUUCCGUCGAACACACGCAAGCAGUUCAUCUGUUGUAGUUUCACCAACACAGAGUUCAAAAGCUGCUGUAGCUCAUACUAAUGCAGAUGUUGGAUUUAUUUAUGAUCCAGAUAUGCGUGCAGGGAUUGGUGCAAUGGCUAUUAAUGAUCCAGCCUAUAGUACUGGUAUGAAUAUUGGUUAUUCUGGUGGUGGUACAAGUUUAUCAGGCAGUAAUGUAUGCUCUUCUGCAUGUCGACGUAGUCCUAUUGUUGUAGAUGUUUAUGUUGUUAACGACGAUCAAAGUAUAAUACUGCCACCGUAUGCUAACUCACUUAAGUUGAAUUUUGAUAUUAAAAGAAAUAGAAUUACUGACUGA